AUGUUGAAGGAACUUGCUGGAGAACUAUCCAAACCGCUGUCCAUGCUCUUCCAAGCUUCGUUCGAAGCAGGCUAUUUGCCCUCCGAUUGGAAAUCAGCGCGGAUCACGCCAAUUUAUGAAGGCGGCAGCAAGGUCUUAGCAAACAACUACAGACCAAUCAGCCUUACUUCAAUUUGCUGCAAAAUUAUGGAGAAAAUAGUAAAGCGAGAAAUAAUGCACUUCCUAGAAGAGCAUAAUCUGCUAUGCGAUGCCCAGCACGGAUUUCGUAGAGGCAGAUCAUGCGUGACGAAUCUACUAUAUUGUUUAGAUCGCUGGACCCGGGCAGUCGAUGGCAGCAAUGCAGUGCACGCAGUCUACGUCGACUUUAAGAAAGCAUUCGACAGUGUACCCCAUCAGCGUCUCCUGUACAAAUUAAACCGAACAGGCCUGAGGGGUAAUCUCCUGAGGUGGAUACAAAGUUUCUUGAUCGAUCGCUCUCAAAUCGUCCACGUCGGUGACAGGCAGUCGGCGGAGGUAGCGGUUGAAAGCGGUGUUCCACAAGGCUCCGUUCUUGGCCCUACCCUAUUCAUUAUAUACGUCAACGACUGCGUCAGCGAACUGAAUUGUGAUGUCGCCAUGUUCGCUGAUGAUGUUAAACUUUGGAGCGUCAUCCGAACUGAAUUUGACGAAGAGCGCUUGCAGGCAGACCUGACCCGACUCGAGAAGUGGUCACAGGACUGGCUGUUGCCGUUUAAUGUGACAAAGUGUAAUGUCCUGCGAGUCGGCAGGACCCGAUCUCUGAACCGGAGGGUUUACCACCUAAACGGCGUACCAUUGCAGGAGGUAGACGCCCAGAAAGACUUGGGGGUGUGGGUAACGGCUUCUCUAAAACCGUCGCUUCACUGCUCCAAGGUAGCCAAGUCUGCGAUGUCAGUCCUUUAUCUUGUCAAGAGAGCUUUCUCUACCUUCGAUGAGGACUGCUUCGUUAAAGUCUUUCGGACUUUCGUACAGCCACAGCUAGAGUUCGCCAUUCAGGCGUGGAAACCGUGGACCUCUAAAGAUCUCAACAUCCUCGAAAAAGUUCAGAGGCGGGCAACCAAACUCGUAGGUGGACAGGGUUCACUACCCUAUGAAACCCGAUUGUCCAAUCUCGGCCUCUUUCCACUGAGUUACAGACAGCUAAGAGGCGACCUUAUACAAACAUACCGUAUACUGCGCGGCCAGGACUGCUGUCUCGUACCUGCUGAUUUCUUUGAGUUAGCGACCACAACGAACCUCCGAGGUCAUCCACUUAAACUACGCGUAACUGGCGCCAAGCUGGACACUCGGAAGUUCUUCUUUUCAAACAGAGUGAUCGAGGCCUGGAAUGCUCUGCCUGCAGGUGUCGUCAUGUCCACCUCCGUCGAGGCUUUUAAGCGCAACUUGGACCAGAUUGCCACCAAUCGUCACAAUGCCACCUGA